AUGCCGAAGGCUCCGAAGGCCCCGAAGAAUCCAAGCGUACCGUCAGCGCCUCGUAAAAAGGUCAAGAAGUUCUCCCGGCUCGACAUGGACGAAGAGGAAGGCACAUGGGGUAUCUGGACUGAGGACCAGCGCGAGUUCAUGGUCUCCCAGCUGCCCUUGUACGGCGAGUACUCGGAGAAGAAGGACUUUGCGCUAUUUUGGCCUGAUUUCCAGUCCAAGUGGUACCACAGAUGGCCUGAACUCAAGUUCCUCUUCCCUGAGCUACUCGAGAAUGCGGAGCUUACGGAGUUCCAACGGGAUGCCGUCGAAAGAGGAAUCCAGUUUCGUAACGUGAAAACGAACGCGGCCAUGCGAUGGGCCUUCAGGAACGGGAUUACCCGCACUCGGUCUAUCAGUGGGAGGUCGGCCACCAUGCUAGACAGGAUACUUGGUUCGAACAGCCGGUGCAACAAGAACUGGGAGUGGUUCUGUAAGCUUUACUACGACACGGAAGUUGGACCCGAGGUCAACAUCAUUCUCGGCGCGAUUGAGGGGACGCCAACGGGUGGCCAAAUCCUGGAUGCGGUCCGCUCUGUUGCGCAGCGCAAGCUCCGUGAUGGCCCCCAGUCAGUUCGCGACGAGAUCGAGGAAAAGAAGGAUCAGCAGAAGGUUGUCCUCGCCGGCCCUACACCGGCCAGCAACGACCCCAAGCUAAACGCACUUGCUGCUAGAGCUGUCACGAUGACGCUUAUGCCGACCAUAACCGAAAUCCACGAGUACGCCUCCACCCAAACCAUUGGUGGAAAAUCAAUCGAUGGCUUUCGUUUUGCGACAAUGGUCGUAGGCAGAGACCCACUCACGGGAAAGAUGUGUGCCGGAUCCAUUCACGUCGGGCUGAACCAAUCUGGACUUGACUUCGGUCAGGUCUCGCAGAGCUGGAAGCGCUGCACCGAGGAGUUUGCCGCCUUUGCUAAUGCUCCUGGAAGGCCCGUCGAAAUCUCUGUGCAAGGAAAGAAAGGCGAGGGGACACACGAGAGCCCGGGUGCCAAUGAUGAAGGGGCCACCGCUGCUGAAGUGUUGCUGCCGAAUGAAGACAAGGCAGACGACAUUACUAUGGCCAUCGCUGGUUUGCAUACUCUAGAGGCCGCCAUGGCAACAGACGAACCGGGUCAUCAAGAUGCAACAAGCGAUACCUUGAGCCGUAGCGGUAGUAAUGUACAUGCCCUUGACACACUUCAAGGCAAAGACUCCAUCGACAUGGGUAUUGCCGCAAUAUGUCAGAACAACGAGCAUGACUUGUCCCUUGGCAAUACGUCCGAUAGUAGUGAUGGCCAAAAUGCAGCACCUAUGCACUUCGACCCCAGUUUCUUCGAUGUUGGCGACUACUCCUGGCUCGACGACCUCCAAGUGCAGCAGGUGCUUUCACACUUGGGAUCUACCGAGGACCAGUUCCACCAGUAUGGUCACACAGAACCAUCUGAGGCCUCGUGUCAGGCAAACUUCCAAUUCGACAUGAACAUGCCCAUCGACCUGGCCACCGCUCAACCUUUGCAGCCCCCGUUGUAUUCCCAGCCGGAUAUUUCGCCGGAUUUCGACUUUCCGGCACUGCUCCAUCUGUCAAUGCCGGGGUCUGCCUUCCUUCCUCAAGAUCCCGGACCUCCUCAUGUCCCAGGGAGGACUGAGGCGUACAGUGCCCAGCCUGUAUGCAACUCAAGCAUCGCCAGCGCCUCAGACGAAUCAAAUGUCGUCACCAUCUCACGCUACGCUUCAAGCACACUGGCCUUCUCAUCAAACAAUUCAAGUGCCGUCAUUCUCUCACACACCAAUCCAGUCUCCGGCAUCGUGGCAUUGUCCGUCUCCUCAUCCCUCUCCGGUGCUUGUCUCUACUACUCCCUUGCCAAUGUCCUACUCCGCGCUUCCGCAAUCAGCUAUGCAGGCGACUACCCUCGAAAUGUCGAGGCGCAUGUCGAACCGAACGCAUGUCAAGUACAACCCGAAGGCCGCUGA